UACAGCUGGCAAAACAAUUCACACAAACCUUUUGAUCGCUAAACCACAAUGAGCACAAAAAUUUAACUAUAGACAGUACUGUCUUGACAUUGUAGCCGGUAACCUUUAUUAUUAUUAUAUUCUUGAAGCUGUUUGAGCGAAACAAUGUCGGCAUCUCAAGGAAGCAGAAGCACGAGCACGGAACCAUGGGGCAGCUUCGAGAACAACAUCAUGCAGGGCAGCGGCUCGGCGGUGAUCGACAUGGAGAACAUGGACGACACGUCCGGCUCCAGCUUUGAGGAUAUGGGCGAGAUGCAUCAGCGUAUGAAGGAGGAGGAGGAGGUGACGGCCGAGGCUGCAGCUGCGGAGGAGGAGGACAGCGGAGAGGACGGAGACUUCCUCGGGGUCAAGGGCUUGAAGGGACAGCUGGGCAGACAGGUGGCCGAUGAGGUAUGGCAGGCAGGAAAGCGACAGGCCUCAAAAGCAUUUAAUCUGUACGCCAAUAUUGACAUUCUCCGGCCGUACUUUGACGUUGAGCCUAUUCAAGUCAGAAACCGAUUGAUCGAAUCCUUGAUCCCGGUCCGCAUGAUCAACUUUCCACAGAAAGUUGCUGGAGAGCUGUAUGGACCAAUGAUGCUGGUGUUCACUAUGGUGGCUAUCCUGCUCCAUGGCAUGAAGACAUCAGGAACCGUCAUUAGAGAGGGCACGCUGAUGGGAACUGCCAUUGGAACCUGUUUUGGAUACUGGCUGGGAGUGUCCUCCUUCAUCUAUUUCCUUGCUUACCUGUGCAACGCUCAGAUUACCAUGCUGCAGAUGUUGUCUUUGCUAGGUUAUGGUCUCUUUGGCCACUGUACGGUCCUUUUCAUCACUUACAAUGUCCACUUCCACUCGCUCUUCUACAUUCUCUGGCUGGUGAUUGGAGGACUCUCUACUCUUCGCAUGGUGGCUGUGCUGAUUUCCCGAACUGUUGGUCCGAGUCCUCGCCUCAUCUUGUGUGGGACCCUGGCAGCUCUUCACAUGCUUUUUCUGCUCUAUCUGCACUUUGCUUACCAUAAGAUGGUUGAAGUUAUUCUGGACACCUUGGAAGGACCUAACAUCCCACCCAUCCAGAGAGUGGCCAGAGAUGUUCCCGUUGUUGCAAAUGCUGUUGUAAAUGCCACCAUCCAGUCAAUAGCUGCAGUUGUACAGUCACAGUGAUUAUGUAUAUGUAUUGGUCCAGUGAGGCUGGUGUACAUAUGUAGGGUCAGGGCAACACAAAAUCAUGGAGCAGUCUCAGUUGAGCACCUUAGGUCUGAGCUCAGUUUGUAUCUCAUCUGUUGUUCCUGACGCUUUCGAACAGACCUAAAAGGGUGGCUUCACUUGAUUUUGGCUCGCAUUAUUAUGAGACAAUUUUGACACACUAUCCCGUUCACUCUACACUUGUCUUAAUGCAUUUUUGUUAAGGGUCACAGUACAUAUGACCUAAUAUUAGAACGGUUUACUCAGAAUGUGUAAGUAUUCCUUAAGGAUGCUGAUACUAAUUCUUCAGAAACCCUGUUGACAUUAAAUGCAGCUUGCUGUUUGCACUGAUUGUCCUCACAGACUGUCUCGGUUUAAGAGUGAUCAUUUUUUGUAGAUAUUUUCACAGUUGCAAAGGAAGUCUUUAUCAAGACUCGAUAGAGAAAUCUUGACCAGAAAGCAAAGUGCAUAGAAAUAUAGAAAUGCAAUGAUAUUUAAUUUGAAGAUGAGAAAGAUUGUUAUGGAGCAUGCAAACUUUUUUUUUUCUUCCUAAUCCGUAUUUAGCCAGCCAUUGUGGUGCAGUCUGAUUCCUGCUAUUUAAAGCUAUGGUUUCGGCUCUCUCAUUAUGUUGUCUUCUACGUGUGAGCUUCUUAUUUAAAGGGUUCUUGUGAAGAAGAGAAAAUAAAGAAAUGUUUUUGUCCUUAUUUGUGAUCAGAAUAUAUGUUUAUUACUUUGAAUUUAGACUCAUAUUAAAGUGAUUAAAUAAUA